AUGGCAGAUGAGGGGAGCCGUCUUCGCUCUUACUCCAUUACAGCCGCCUGCCUUCAUGCCUGGGGCGCCGGCAGCGCUCGGCGGACACGGGGGAAGCGCCUGGCUCUGCCUCCCAGCCCCGAGGCAUCUCCCCCGCCGGGGAGGACGGCGCUUCACGACAUCGAAGAAAGAGCCCGGUUGGGAAGGGAACAUAUCCAGACGCGCCCACAGCGGUGUCAGUCAGCGCGGCCCCCGCGGGCUGGCCCGGGCACGGAGAGCGAGCUACGGGCUCACGGCGGCGCCGCGUCCCAUCCCGGCAAAGGUCUCUGUCCUCUGGCGGCCCCUCCUCGCUGCCUCACGCUCCGGGGAAGGCGGCGGCGAGACCCCCCGCUCUCACGGCGAGGGCUGCGGCUGCAUCCCGGCCCAUCUGCCUCCCGCGCCGGGCGGGCUCCUCCGCGCUGCCCCGGCCCCCGCCGCAGCACCGACGCCACCCCCGGCCACCCCGACAAAGGUGGGGCCCGGGGCGGCGAGGCCCCUCCUCGGCGUCUCCAGCUGCGAGCGCACCCGGCUGCUCUCCGCGGGCGAAGGCCCUUCCCCUCCUCCGCCGCCCGCCCCGAGUUUCCACAGCGCCGGGCAGCCCGGCCCGGCCUCCUCCCUCCGGUCUCGGCUCAGCCUCUCCGCGCUGCCAGCGCCUUCCUCCCCCCGCGCCGGGCUCGCCGGCGAGGGGCCGCUCCGCCUCCUUCCCCUGCCCGCCGCCGGCUGCGGGUGGGAGCCGAGCGAGGGCCGGAGCUCCGCCGCCGCCCGCGCCCCCUCUCGCCCGUCCGCCCCAACAGCACGGGCAGCUCCAGACACAAAGGGGAGUCGCUGCCGCCGCCGGCCCGGGCGCCCGUCCCGCCGCGCCGCCCCCGCCGCCCGGCCCCGCCCCGCACCAUAGAGGUGGCUCCAGGCAGGAAAAACUCUAUCCAUGAUGGUCAGUCUUCCCUGCCAAGAUGCGAGAGUGGCAAAACCUCAUCACGUACCAGAGCAGGCUCUCAUGCUCCCACUCCUACCAUCAGCCUUAAGGAAAUGGUGAAUCACACUCUGCAACGAAGUGACGACAGUCUUUGACAUCACCAUCCUAUAACAGAAGUUUUGUGGCAGCUUUGUUUAUCUUUUCAUGGCAAACUUUUAAUAAAUUUAAUGCAAAAAUUAAUCACACCACUUUUGUGGCA